AUGGAGUCUCUGCCAAUCCCAUCCAGUCCCGGAGACUUUUUCCGGCAGUCCGCAUUUGGUCCCCAGCGCCAGGUGCCUUUUGAAACUGUUCAUCAUGCCUUUAUACACCAUGCAACGCGCGCUCCUGACGAGACGGCUUUGCUUGACCUCUCGCGGGACGUUGUCCGAGAGGUCAGCUAUGGCAGGCUACUCCAGUACGCUCAAUUCACCGCACUCCGGCUCCAGCAGAAUGGGGUGCUUCCUGGAAGCAGAAUUGCCGUCGUGACAAAACGCAGCGUGGAGAUGGUGGCAGGUAUCUUAGGGAUUCUCAUGAGCGGUGCUCAGUAUAUUCCACUUGAUGGUGCUGUUGUUGCCGAUCAGACGCUGGAACAUGCGGUCACUGAGUCGAAAAGCUCGGUAGCCUUGUGUGGCGAUGCCUUCCGGUCAAGGCUGCAGUCUUUCGACAGUAUCAAACCUCUUGUGUUGGAGGAAUUGAUCACCGAAGCAGAGCAUGUUGGAUUCGUGCCUGGUCUUGACCGAUUGGUAUGCGAGGGUGAUGGCACCACAGGAACCCCCAAAGGCGUUGAUGUCACCCACAGAAACGCCACCAACGUCUUGUGCCAACCGCCGAGCAAUUUAGGCAUCACUCGAGGUUCGAAGGUGGGACAGGUCUUGUCGAUCAGCUUUGACAUGGAUCGACACCUUGAUAUGCACCCCGAGUAUCCUGAGUCGAUAUUCCCCCCGAGACUUCCCCAAUAUCCGAUGCGUCGCUACGGCUGGCGAGCCAUACUUGCAGACGAAUGGGUUGCAAACGGCGCCACCUUUUACAACUGCUGCGGCCCGACAGAGACCACCAUUAUCAACACGAUGCAUAAACAUGAGCUCGGCCGUCCGUUGACAAUUGGAAGGCCGCUUCCGAACAAUAAUGUCUAUAUUCUGGACGAGAAUGCCCGUCCAGUGGAGUUUGGAAGCAUCGGCACAAUGUGGGCUGGCGGAGCAGGAGUUACCAGAGGUUAUCUCGGUCUGCCAGACAGAACCGCUGAACGGUAUCGUCCUGAUCCGUUUGUGAACGACGCAGGAGCAAUGAUGUUCAAUACCGGAGAUUUGGCACGGUGGUUGCCAGAUGGUAACUUGGAGAUACUGGGCAGGAAUGAUGAUCAGGUCAAAAUCAAGGGCUUCCGUGUUGAGCUUGACGGGGUCAGCGCAUCAAUAGCUUCAUUUCCAGGAGUCCAGAGGGCUGUCGCAAUGAUGGUGGAAGGACAACUGAUCGGCUUUGUGAGCCCGGCGUCCUGUGAUCUACAGGCCCUGCGAGCACAUCUAGAGGCAAAGCUACCGUACUACGCCAUUCCCUGCGAAUGGUUCCCGAUGGACACGUUCCCGUUGACGACUAACGGGAAGCUUGAUAAACGUGCUAUGGUCGAGCAAUUUAGGCACCAGAAAGAGGCUCCCUUCCUCCCAUCUGACUUGGUCAACGAGAAAGGAUACAUUAUUCACCAGUCCUCUCGAACACUGUCAGCCGAGUCUGACCCAUCCGAGGCUCCGCGCAAACCACUGCCGCUCGCGGAGAAGAAGGAUCCGAAACCCAUCCGCGGACUCAGAUACCGGAUCUUCAUUGUGUAUCGCCGGCUCUUUUCGUUGGUCUGGCUGGCCAACCUCGCCGCACUCCUAUGCCUCAUUUUCAUCCCCACGGCCGGAUCCGAGUGGAUCGAUAUCAUCGCGUUCAUCAAUCUGACCAUCGCCGUUCUGAUCCGCCAAGACGCCGUCAUCAACGUCCUGUACACAGUAUGCUGCUCCGUGCCCAAGUCAUGGCCGUUGGCGAUUCGACGACGAUGCGCAAAGAUCUACCAUCUUGGGGGUGCACACUCAGGAGCUGCAACGGCUGCUACCGCUUGGUACAUCGGCUCAAUCGGACACAGUAUAUACGCCAUGGUCAAAAAGCCCACUCCAUCAAAGGUUGCGGAAGCCGCUCUUGCCCUUUCCCUGAUCGUCAUGCUUCUCCUGCUCUCCAUGAUCGGGCUCGCAUAUCCAACCUUCCGAAAGAAGCGCCACAACACCUUCGAGCGCACGCACCGGUUCCUCGGCUGGACCGUGCUGGUCAUCAUCUGGGUGCAAACGAUGCUUUCUAUCCGUGCCCAGCGAGCGCCAGGAACAUCGAUGGGCCGGGCCGUCCUGGUAUCCCCCAACUUCUGGAUGCUAAUCGUCAUCACGGCAAGCAUCGCAAGCUCGUGGUGUUUUCUCCGCAAGGUCCCCGUCGACGCCGAGGUACUCUCGAACCACGCCGUGCGACUGCAUUUCGACUACACCAUGCCCGUCAACGGGACAUUCACGCGUCUCUCCGAGCGCCCACUGCUCGAAUGGCACUCAUUCGCCACCGUCCCCGCGCCGACAGCGCAUAACGGAAGACCACGAGGCUAUUCGCUGGUUGUGUCCCGCGCGGGCGACUGGACCGGCCGGCAGAUCAGCAAUCCACCCAGCCAUCUGUGGACUCGGGGCAUCCCAAGUAAGUAA